AACCACGUCACCCUGUCAGAAAGUGUGAUCUGCACCGGAGAGACAGUUUGGACUCCAGCUUCUGUCUCAUCUCGCCUUGUCUUCUAGGAGGUUUUUACACAAAGAUGCAGACGGGAUUUCGGGUAAACCUGAGCCCUGUGAAAGAGCCACUGGGCUUCAUCAAGUUGGUGGAGUGGUUUGCGGCUCUGUUUGCCUUUGGAUGCUGCGGCGGUUACACUGGCAGGAACGUGAUUUCCCUGAUUUGUGGCGAUGGAAAAAACGAGACCCUUAAUGCCACUUUCACAUACCCAUUCAGGUUAAACCGAGUGCUGCUGGUUGAAGACAAUGUCACUCUGUGUAACCGCAGCGCGUCUGAAACACAUCUGAUGGGGGACUCUUCGUCCUCGGUGGAGUUUUUCGUGGCCGUGGCCGUCCUGGCAUUCCUCUACUGCAUGGUAGCUCUGUUGGUUUACGUGGGCUACAUGCACGUAUACCACGACUCCAACUUUGGCCCGGUGUUUGAUUUUUUGGUGACGGCAGCAUUUGCUUUCCUGUGGCUGGUGUGCGCAUCGGCCUGGGCUCAAGGGCUGCAGAAGGUCAAGCAUGCCACGGGCACAGACGGCAUCAGCACCAGCCUGACGUUAUGCAGAAAGCCUGUCACGUGUGAGGUCACAGAAUUUUCCAGCAUGCGCACGCUGGAUAUAUCAGUGGUGUUUGGCUUCCUGAACCUGAUCAUCUGGAGUGGUAAUGCCUGGUUUGUUUACAAGGAGACCUGUUGGCAUUCACAGACGCGCAACUCUCAACAGGAGGGAGAGCGUGGACGGGGCCCUGGCCCUAUCUAGAGGCAUCUCCCAGACAGGCACAUGACCAUAUCGACCCACAAGCUCCAAGGACUCUUUUGUUGCAAAAGUGAAUUAGGAUUCUGCCUCAUUUGUGUAAGCAUUUUCUGUUUUCUUUUUUCUCCUCAUACUCAAAUGCAUUCAAAUAUAUAGUCAGCAUGAACCCGUCCACUCUAUACCUGUGCCAGUUUAUCUAUUAUCGCGUACAUAUAACCUCAGCAUAGAGUCCCUUACAUUGUUAAAUGCAAUUUGUUAAACAAAUUUUUCUGUGAUCAAAUUUUCAUUGGCACUUUUUAUUAUUAUUAUUAUUAUUAUUAUUAUUAUUAAUAAUUUUUUUUUAUAUAGCUUUCAUUUAUGUGUGAAUGUGAUUUCUUCUAGUAUAAUAUGUUCCUGGCACAACAUUCAUUUUUACCAAACACUAAUCUAGCAUCUAGCACGCCUGAUACAUUAUUAUUAUUUUUUUACUUAGCUGUGCAUUUCAACUUUUCAAAAUGUGGUAAAUAUACUGGGAGAUUGGUCGUGAUUGGCGGUAGUCCACUGUUUAAGCCCGUUUAAGCCUGUUUAAGGUCAUUUCGAGUAGCUGAGGAGUGGGAGCACCACUGACGAUAUCACAUCCAGGAAAACGUCUUACUUGGAAAAUCUUGUACACCUUGAGCAUUGUUUUUGAGUAUUGUUUCUUUUUUUUCCUGACUACUUAUAUAUCUGUGAAUGUGUAUAACUUUUAAUACAUUUUUUUUUGUGGCAAUAUCUUUUAUAUUUAAUGAAUAAAGUGAGAUUGAAUCUGA